ACCACCGCCUGCCCUGCUGCCAUCCCGCCAGGUGGGGGUGAGGACAAGCCAUGUUCCUGAGCCCGGGUGAGGGGCCCGCGGCGGAGGGGGGGGCGCCGGGCCCGGGCGAGGAGGCCCCCAAGAAGCAGCACCGGAGAAACCGCACGACCUUCACCACGUACCAGCUGCAUCAGCUGGAGAGGGCGUUCGAGGCCUCCCACUACCCGGACGUUUACAGCCGCGAGGAGCUGGCGGCCAAGGUGCACCUGCCCGAGGUGCGCGUGCAGGUGUGGUUCCAGAACCGCCGGGCCAAGUGGCGCCGCCAGGAGCGUCUGGAGUCGGGCUCCGGGGCCGUGGCAGCCCCGAGGCUCCCCGAGGCCCCAGCCCUGCCGUUCGCCCGCCCUCCGGCCAUGCCGCUGCCCCUGGAGCCCUGGCUGGGCCCCGGGCCCCCGGCCGUGCCAGGCCUCCCGCGCCUCCUGGGCCCAGGCCCCGGGCUGCAGGCGUCCUUCGGGCCCCACGCCUUUGGCCCAGCCUUCACGGAGGGCUUCGCCCUGGAGGAGGCGUCCCUGCGGCUGCUGGCCAAGGAGCACGCACAGGCUCUGGACAGGGCCUGGCCUCCGGCCUGAGUCUGGGGCCCGCCCGUGGCCACCCGUGCCGGUGCCCCUGCCUCGCAUCCCGGGGAGGAGGUGACCUGGCGGGGGCCUUGGCCUCCCCGCCUGCGGACUGCGAGGCUCUGAGGCAGUAAGGCUGCCAUCGCAAGACACGCCCAAGUCCCCCUGCCCGCUCCUCGUCCCUCACGGCGGAGCCCCGGCUCUCUCAGAAGUGACAAAGAGCAGCAGUGGCCGCCCAUGGCCCUGGCGCCUUUCACUGUGUGUCCCCCGCGUGCCCAUCGCUUUACCCCUCAUGACAGCUGCUUUAUGGGGGAGGAAACCGGCCCAGGGAGGCCAGUUUCCACAGCCACACGGCCACUCAGGGUGGAGCCGUCCUUCAAGCUCGUUGCCCAAGCCCAACACCCCAGGUGCCAGGCCGAGUCCACGCCGGUGUGGGACGUGGGGGGACCCGGGCUGGGCGCAAACGGCGCGUUCUCAGGCAGAAGCAUGCGGACGCUCUGCUCCCUCUGUAAAUCAAAAUGUGGCUUCUGUCCCCACUGACCACAGACCCGGUCACGUCUCCCAGCCCAGUGAGGGCGGGAUGGGGCCCUGCUGGCAAGACCCACAUUUGUCCCGCCAACCCAGCCACGUCUCCCCAGGGCGUGACGGACACCCUUCCGGAACUCGGCUGGACUCCUUGGCAAGGCGGCCACGGAGGGCAAGGAACAGGGUGUGAGCAGGCCGGAGGCCCCCCCCAGCGGCAGCAGGACACGGGACUUCCCCAUAGGGCGGGGCAGCCCAGGUCACGACAGGAGGGGAGGGGCUGGAAGGCAGGAGGUGCACGUAACCGCCCUCCCUUCGAGCUCUGUCCGCGAAGUAACCACAGGUUCACUUCCGGGUCACACCCACUGGGUGGGGUUCGAGCUGCCCUGCUCACCUUGGCUCACGUGACAGCUCAGGCAGGAGCCCCCGGCCCUGUCUUCCUCGUAUGGUGGCAGCCAGGUCAACGGCCCACCCACGCAUCUCCCAUCCAUCUGACCGCCGGCCGCCCACCCGCCCAUCCCCCACCCAUCCAUCGUCCGGUGAUCCCUCUAUCCAUCCAUCCACUGCGCGACCGGGCUGUAACGGUGAACAGAACGAGACAAAAAUCCCUACCCUGACGGAGUUGCCGCUCUGAUGGGACACGGACGUGAAGCACAACUCAAUAAACACCGACAUUCGUACGUAAAACCCCAGCCGGCUGUAAGUGCUGGGAGGAAAUAAAACCAGGAGAGGCAGUCGA